AUGCCGACCCAACCCUCAAAAUCCGAUGAGCCUCGUGACUAUCCAGAAACAUGUCUACUUUGUGGCAUACGUAUCUUGAGGUUGAGAACGGGAGUACUGGGCAAAGAUCGCCUAGAUGUGCUCAAGGAGUCUCAAUGGGAGAUCCAUCAUCAAUCCCCGAUUCCUGAGCAUAUUCUAUUGCCAUCGACCGAAGUUGUCAAUAAGAAUUUCUCCAAAUUUCCUUGGUUAUCAUCGUGCUAUCAUCGAGGGGCAAGAAAGCAACUUAAAGUUAAAGAGAAAUCCAAGCUGUCAGAUAUGCGUGUUCUACAAAAUAUGAACUGA